ACACACACACACACGCGCGCGCGCGCGCGCGCGCACGAGCCGGGCCUGGGAUUCCCGGUGAUCAGCGUGGAGAGUCAGAGAUCCACCGACAACAUCACCAUCCGCCAGGGAGACACCACCGUCAUCCGGUGUUAUGUGGAUGAUAAGGUGUCGAAGGUGGCGUGGCUGAACCGCUCCAACAUCAUCUUCGCGGGUGAGGAUAAGUGGUCUCUGGACCCGCGGGUGGAGCUGGUGACGCAGGGGCAGCUGGAGUACAGUCUGCGCAUUCAGAAGGUGGAUGUGUUUGACGAGGGACCCUACACCUGCUCCAUACAGACCAAACAGCAGUCCAAAACCUCACAGGUGUACCUCAUCGUCCAGGUUCCUGCAAUCAUCUACAAGGUUUCAGAGGACAUCACUGUGAACGAGGGCAGCAACGUCACCUUGACAUGUUUAGCCAAUGGGAGACCAGAUCCUGCCAUCACCUGGAGACUGCUCAACCCAUCAGCCGUGGCUCUGGAAGUGGGCGAGUAUCUGGAGAUUUCGGGGGUCGUUCGCUCUCAGGCGGGACGCUACGAGAGUAAAGCCAGCAAUGAUGUCUCCACACCUGAUGUCAAAUACGUCAAUGUGGUGGUCAACUACCCGCCGUAUAUAAAGGAUGUGCGCAGCUCGGAGACGGCCGUGGGUCAGGCUGGAGUUCUGCACUGUGAAGCGUCCGCCGUCCCACAGCCUGAGUUUGAGUGGUACAGAGACGAGCGCAACUACACGUGUGUGGCAACAAACAGACUGGGAGUACACAACGCCAGCGUGUUCCUCUACAAACCAGGGAUGGGGCGGGACAUCAACUCGGCGGGCUGCAUCUGUCAAUCACUCUGGCUCCUCCUCCUGUGUGUGUCCUCAGCUCUUCUCCAGUGUUAAUGAUCAGUCGCUCUGAACACACUCGGUCGCCUCAGACUGUUCACUCGUCAUCACACUCACCGUCACGCCGGGCCGGACCACACUCUGACUAUCAGGACAGAAGACCAGAACACAGAGGAGAGGAGAAGAACUGAAUAUCCUGCUUUAACCGCUUCGAGAUUUACUGACUUCCAGUG